AUGUUCCCUGGUCAUCAUCGUUUUUUGAUUACAUGCCUUCUUAUCUUUCAACUUACCGUAACCACCGAAGCUCGACUGAUUCUGGAAGGGACGACUGAAAAGUCAGAAGAGAUGCCAUCUUGUCCUGUUUUGGCUGAUGAACCUGUUGGGGAAGUUAUGGAAAGGAUAUGCGAUAUGUGUCAUGAAUUGAGCUCACAUUCAAGACCCAAUAUGAGGAUUGAGUGCAGAGCUGACUGUUUCACAACUGAUGCAUUCCGAGAAUGUCUGAAACUCUUCACACCACGUCGUCAUACCAGACAUCUUCGUCAGAAAUACUGA